GCCAUUUUGUAGUGAACAUGCCAGUGUUAUUUGUGCGCUCAGCGUCAGGAGCAGGAAGUGGUGCCUUUGUGCUGAUAUCGGAGUGAAAUUGUGUGUGUGUGAGUGUGUGUGUGUGUGUGUGAGUGUGUGGUAUCGGAGCUGGACUACAGACAGAACACGGCUGUGAUCCUGCACCGUUUCUCCUCCUCAUGUCCACACGGCUGGUGUCCCUCGUCUCAGGCUGUUCUGCUGUGAAAUGGAUGGUGAUAAUCUGAAGAGACUGCUACAUUCCUGUGUGGUUGUACUACCAUGAGCAAUUCCACUCCAUCCACAGCUAAUGGCAACGAGAGCACAAAGUAUAAAGGAGAUCGACCGCCCUGUGGCCCCUCACGUGUCCUUCACGUCCGUAAAGUUCCUCUCGAGGUCUCUGAGGCUGAAGUCAUCUCAUUAGGAAUCCCGUUCGGCAAAGUCACCAACCUGUUAAUGCUCAAGAGCAAAAACCAGGCUUUUAUAGAAAUGGCUUCUGAGGAAUCAGCGAUCACCAUGGUGAACUACUACACCACAGCCACGCCACACGUCCGCAACCAGCCCGUCUACAUCCAGUACUCCAACCACCGCGAGCUGAAGACUGACAACCUGCCCAACCAGGGGAGAACCCAGGCCACACUGCAGGCUGUGAACGCAGUGCAUUCUGGGAACAUGACACACUCGGCGUCGGCCAGCGACAGCAGCAUGAUGCCCGGUCAGAGUCCAGUCCUGCGCAUUAUUGUGGAAAAUCUCUUCUACCCAGUUUCUCUGGAAGUUCUUCACCAGAUCUUCUCUAAGUUUGGAACAGUCCUGAAGAUCAUCACGUUCACCAAAAAUAACCAGUUCCAGGCUUUGCUUCAAUACGCAGAUCCUAUAAACUCACAUCACGCCAAACUGACUUUAGAUGGACAGAACAUUUAUAACGCCUGCUGCACACUGCGCAUCGAGUUCUCCAAACUCACCAGUCUCAACGUCAAAUACAACAACGACAAGAGCCGAGACUUCACACGACUCGACCUGCCUUCAGGAGACGGACAGCCCACGCUGGAGCCUGCAAUGACUGCAGCCUUUGGGGCUCCUGGCAUCAUUUCCUCACCCUACGCUGGGGCGGCUGGUUUCGCUCCCGUCGGUUUUCCUCAGGCUGCAGGUCUCUCCAUGCAGGCGAUGCCCGGUGCUCUCGGACCCCUCACCAUCCCCACGUCAGCCGUAGCCGGGCGGAUGGCCAUCCACGGCAUGCCUCCCACCGCCCUCCACUCUGUUCUCCUCGUCUCCAACCUCAAUCCUGACAGUAUAUCACCACAUGGACUGUUCAUCUUAUUCGGAGUGUAUGGAGAUGUUCACAGAGUUAAGAUUCUGUUCAAUAAGAAAGAGAAUGCGUUGGUGCAGAUGGCGGAUGCGACACAGGCCCAGCUCGCGAUGAGUCACCUGAACGGUCAGCGUUUGUAUGGCAGGGUGAUGCGUGUCACCAUCUCUAAACACCAGACGGUGCAGCUUCCUCGUGAGGGUCAGGAGGAUCAGGGACUGACCAAAGACUUCAGCGGCAGCCCACUGCAUCGCUUCAAAAAACCUGGCUCCAAAAACUUCCAGAACAUCUUCCCUCCGUCAGCCACACUGCACCUGUCCAACAUCCCACCUUCUAUUGCAGACGACAUGUUGAAGGAUCUGUUCUCCAGUACAGGAUACACUGUUAAAGCCUUCAAAUUUUUCCAGAAGGACCGUAAGAUGGCGUUGAUCCAGCUAGGCUCAGUGGAGGAGGCCAUUCAGGCCCUGAUCGACCUCCACAACUAUGACCUGGGUGAGAACCACCACCUCCGAGUGUCCUUCUCCAAAUCCACCAUCUAGCAGCGUCCCCCCCCCCCCCCAAACCCUCAGCUGUUCUGUUCACGGGUUUAAACAUGAGAGACGAUGCCUGACUGAUGAACCUCUGUAACUAAAGACAUGAUUUAAUAUAAAAAACUUUAAUAAUGAAAUGUAGACAAAAAAACAAGAGACUUUGGGUAGUUUUAGAUCUUCUGGGUUUUAAAGUUCUAUAAGGAGUUAGAGACUACUAUAUGACCUUCAGGUAGAGCCAAACUGAAGGGUUUUUUUUUAAGCUGGAGACGUAUAAGCUUUGAUUUAAUGCGACACACAGCACAGCCAUGGUUUAAGCCGAACUGCAGCAGAAUCUUCAGAAGGAGAGAGAAUGAUCUCUUUUUGACAUUGCUGGAGAAGUUUGGAGAUGUUUGUAGUGAACGUGGACGUGAACAUGGAUGUCGAUGUGCCUGUCGUGCUAUUUAACUGUUAACCGCCCGUUCACCCAGGUGCUCCAUCCAGCUGUCAGAACUGCAGCCUCACUGGAUAGGCCACGCCCUGUUUGAAUGUUCGUGAUGUCAUCACAAGGUGCCGCUGGGUAAAAACCCUGUAGCGACGUUCCCUCGCCACCGAGAGCUCUCUUUUACGUAGCAGUAAAGUGUCUGUGUGACGGAUGGGGAACAGUUCUGACACUUGGUCAUACGUGCUCGGGAUCUGUGAAAACAUCCUGAAAGAUUUUUGUUCUCCUGUGAAAUGGGUUUCAUUUUAAUUUAAAAAAAAAAACAACCAUCAAACGGAUGAGACUGUUGUGAAACCUGCGUCGCCUGGUCUGGACCGCUCGGACACUCGUCUGUGAUCAGCUGAGACGUUUUUAUAGACCUCAACGUGCACGAUCAUUCCAGGAAAGCAUGUCCAGCUGUCAAUCAUGCUAGAACACUCCAAUCAGCAGAGCCCGGCUGUCAGGAAGCCCCGCCUCCUGUCAUUUAAUGUCAUUUUGAAUGUGAAUCAUGUAGCCCCCACCCCCCACCCCCGACGAACAAUUAGCUGUGCUUUCUGGUUGCUGAUUGAUUCCCUCUCCAUUCGGUGUCCCUUUUGUAAUCAAAUUCUUUUCCUUUUAACUUUUAUUAUUGUUUUUUUUUUCUAUUUCCCCCCCCCCAGGUUGCAUCAGAAUCAGAACAGACCUGAUGUGAUGGAGCCUUUUUAUCUCUCUCUCUUUCUCUCUCUUUCUCUCUCUCUCUCUCUCUCUCUCUCUCUGUCUCUCUCUCUCGCCUUGCUGUCCCACCUCCACAUGUCCAAAUCUAAAAUAAGAAAAGGCAAAAAGAGAGAGAAAGUGCAUCUUUGUGGCACAGGGAGAAAAGCGCUCCUUACCGAAACACUCUGGUUUUUAUGUCAUCCUGUUCAUAGUGUAAUUAAAUCAGGCCAUGGUUUCAAUCAGGGGAAGAAAACGGUGAAAGAUCAAAAGUUUCUGUGUAAAUUGUGAUUAAUAAACGUAAAGGAAACCGAGCUGCAUCCUGAUCCUGAAGAAACACCAGCCUGUAGGGUUGCCAGGUCUCAUAAACUGUGUGAACUGCAGCACAAUUGAGCACUAACCUGAUUCUGAAUCUGGUCAGAAGUUUUGGUUUCUAUAGUAACAGCUCAUUGACAGGCAGACAGCAGACGAUGAUUAAACAACUAUAACGACAUUUUCUUUAAGGAGACUCGUGUAACAUUUAUGGAAGGAGUCUCCAGUGUCGGAGGUAAAGCUGUAGCAUUUUCCACAUCUUUUUUUGUUGUUCAGCAGUAAAAAAAAAGAAAGCAAGGAGUAAAAGCGCACAGACCUGGCAACCCUGAUUCAGCACACCCUCAUCCUUAACACAGGACUCUGAGUCAGGAGCAUUUCAUUAGAUUAGAUAAAGAUCAGACUGCUGGUUCUCAGGAUGCAGGAUCAGACUCAUCAUCAAGCCUUAAAAUUCCCCACAGAUGGCCACUAGAUGGCGCUGCUCCUUUUUCCUGAGUAAAUUCAAAUUUAACAAAACAAAAUGAAAAA